AUGUAUACAAGAGUUGCAUUAGUACUGGAUGAAAAAGAGUGCUUGCAUGGCUAUAUGCAAUUGGCACUUAACGGAGUAGACUUAAGUAUUACAUAUUUUGAUGAGCAUGGUGGUAUAAUAGUUACAGAAAAGAUUUCACAAUUUCAAUCCAUUACAAUUUCAAAAGAUAAUACAUUAAAUGUCACGUUCAAGAGCAAAUUUACAGAUAGAAGUAUCAUUUUUAAUAACAGAUCUGAUAUGAACGCAUUCUUUGAAUUUCUUCGAAAUAAUAUAAUCUUAAAUCCAGCAGAAAAUAACCCAUUAAAUUUUGAAAUCCAAUUAAAAUCAAAAUCAGGAGGUGGUAUUCUUGGAAAAGUUACAGAAGCCCUCAAAAAGACUGGAGAUUCAUUCAAUUUUAAUAUGAACCAAGUUAAACCAGUUAUAAUUAGACCUGUUGACGCUUAUACAUAUGGAAAUAUUGUCCCUGUAAUACCAUCUACAAAAUUUGAAGACUUAACUCUCGAAAAAGUUAAAACUCUUGAUUUAUCAACAGUUUCAUAUUCAAAAUUCAAUGUAAUUGAUGAAGCAUUACCUACUUUAUUUGAUAGAUUACUAUUAACAAAGCCAGAAGAAACAAAAACGAAAGAAUAUCUACAAAUUCGUGAACACUGGCAAUUGACAACAAAAGAAGAGUGGAACAGAUUUGUUGUAAUGAGGCAGUUCACACAUGAUCUCGAAUCUUGGAUAACUAGUGAAAAAUUUUCAAAUUUGCACAAACAACUAAUUUUCAACAUUGCGAUGUCUUUAUUUACAUUUCUGUUUGGAGACCUCAAGUUUGAUGAAGCUCUUCAAUUUGAGCUCUCAAUUAUUGUCGCAAUUUACUUAGAUGACCAAUUAUUAGAUGAUUCAUUGAUAACUCGUGAUUCAAGGGAAGUUACGCUUGAAGAAGCAGAAAUAUUGACUUUUUGGCCACUGUUGACAUUAUACAGGAAAAUAAAAGAAGGAACUCUUUCUGUUCAACAAGAAUCUCUAAAAGUUUUCACAAUGUUAGAGAAUAUUUCAAAAUCAACCGCUGAAAUAUUGACAGAUAGGAAUUAUAAGACAUUAGAUUUCGCUUUAUCUGAUUCUAGAAUCUUCUUUACGCGUUGGAGAGAUUAUAAAAUUAAUUCUUUAAUUUUAGCUUCAGCGUUAUCUUGUGGUAAUCUUCCUGUCAUGAGACAAUCCAUGUUAUGUGCUGCUUUAGUGUUACUUCAUGAAGAAUUGCAAGAAAUUCCGUUAGAAAUGCCACAAGUUUUUAGUGAAGAGUUUUCUCUGAGGCUUCGUCGACUAGAUGGAAGAUUGAUCCUUUAUAAUGCAGAAAAAAUGAUGUCUAUCGCAACGCAUUUCUCUUUCAAAUAA